AUGGCAGAAAUCCCAAUCUCCAACACCACGCGCCGUCGCACUGAGCGGGAUUUGGAGUCAGCUUCAUCGCUUUCUUGCCGUAUCUGCUUUGACAAUCACUCCCGAGAAGGCGACGAACUCAUAGCUCCUUGCCGCUGUAAAGGCUCCCAAGAGUUUGUCCACGGGGAAUGCUUAGACAACUGGAGAUCUGUUGGAAAAGGUUUUGCUUUCACCCACUGCUCCACUUGUAAAGCAGCAUUUCGAUUACAAGUGAAAGAGGUGACAUUUGACGUUGUCACAAGAAUAAAGCACAAGCUCUUUGUGGUCAAGGAUUUUUUUGUUCAUUUCCUGAUUGCACAAGCACUAAUUGUAGUGUCUGGUGGGUAUAUGUACAUUGUGGAUUACGAGGGAAUGAUUCACAAAGCUGCUGAUAAAUAUUUCAUCCUCUUGUCUUCACAAUCCUCUAUUUCCUUGUACUAA